GAUUUACACUUUUGCCAAAUGGGUAGACGUUUUAUCUGUGAUUAUUGUGAUAAAUCAUUCCCUGAUAAUCCAGUGAAUCGUAGAAAUCACUUGAAAGGUGUACAACAUCAACAAGCUCGAAAAUUACAUUAUGAUAAAUUUCUUGAUCCUAAAGAGAAAUUAAGCAUAGAGAAAUUGAAAAAACCAUGUAUCACAUUUCGUAAUACAGGUACAUGUAAUUAUGGUCCAUUGUGUAAAUAUUCUCAUUUGACCAUUCAAGAAUAUCGUGAUUUAGAAGAGAAAGCCAAUGCUGAACUACUUGUUGCGUCUUAUUUAAAUCAUUUAACUACUGAAUUGAAUAUUGAACAACAAAUUAAAUUAUUAGAAACAAAAUUAUUAUCCAAACGUUCUGAUGAUCCACAACAACACCACCAUCAAUUGACCGAUUUUCAAUCAACGCGUAAAUUUCAUAUUCCUCAAGGUAUACAACUCUUAUGUUUACCGCCUUCCUUGUUGUCUUAACACAUUCAAUAUUCGCAGGAUUGUUUUGCAAUGGCGUGCAGGUGUAUCCACUGUUUGUGUUCUAUGAAAUUCUCAGCUACUGCAUUCCUCAUCAUCUCUAUCUUUCUCUCUUUCGAAAUUGAUCUUACUGAAUUAUACUUCUCGAAUCAUAACUUCGCUCCUUAAUCUUCUUCAUUACUGCUAAUACUUUUACUAUCGCUAUCACUGUUCGAUUUGAACUGACAGUUACGUCUCUGUGCUAAUGUGGUGGUAUGGCAACCUGAACUGAUGUAGUUACACACGAGGUUCUGCAUUGUAUCUGUCUGUCCCCCCCCUCAUAUGUAUAUAAUUUUAAUUUUUUUGAAAUGAUUGUGUUAUUUAUUAUCAGCAGGUUUUUUUGUGCAAUACAAACUAAACUAUACAUGUUGUUUUUAAUUAAUAUAGGGAAA